UCGGCUGGAAUAACGCAGUGCCUCUGGCGUGCAGGGAUCCCUUUGCUGCCCACCAUGAGCACAUGAGGCAGCUGCUGAGGAACUUCCCCGACCCUUUCGGCCGGGAUCCGUUCCUGAGCCUCCCGGAGGGAGGGGAGAGACCGGCGGAGAGGAGAGCGGGCGGCAGAGCCCAGCAGGACUCGCAGGUGGCCACGAGGGGCACCCGCAGGGCCACCAGCUUCUCCCUCAUGCCCUUUGCAGGUUUUGGGAGAGGGUGGGAUGCACAGUUUGUGGAUCCAUUUUCUGCAAUGGACAGGAUGAUGUCAGACAUGAGAAACAGCAUGCUGGAAAUGCACAGGAAAUUUGAUGAUCUGUCCAUCCAGCCUGAGGGACACAGCUUCAGCUCCUCCUCCAUGAUGACCUAUUCCAAAGUGGGGGAUGAACCUCCCAAAGUUUUCCAAGCCACAGCCCAGACCCGCACGGCUCCAGGAGGGGUUAAAGAAACAAGAAAAGCACUGAAGGAUUCUGAAAGUGGCGUGGAGAAAAUAGCUGUUGGUCACCACCUCCAGGAUCGGGCUCAUGUCAUCAGAAAAUCCAGGAACUCCAGGACUGGGGAUGAGGAGAUGAACCAAGAAUUCAUCAACAUGGAUGAAUCUGAGGCUGGCACCUUCGAUGAGGAGUGGCAGAAGGAGGUGAUGAAGUUCAGGCCUUGCCGAAGCAGAGAAGCUGUGGAGGCUUCAAGACCCAGAAGUGUCCGUUACAGCCCCAGGCAAGGUGCAUCAAGAAGAGAGAAGCCGCUUGGAGCUCCAGGAUCCAGAAUGCCCAGGGAUUCCUUGGAGGCUCUCAGUGUGAAAGGAACCCCUGUCCCCCUGAAGGGCUCCAGGAAGUAACUCCCCAUUCCCCGGGGAUGGAGGUUCCCUGGAGCAGAUGAUGGUGCUCAGUGCUCGAGUCCAUAAAAUACACCUGGAUUUGUGACCAAUCUGCUCUGUGUUUUGUGCCUUUGCUCCUCCUGCUCCUCCAUGAAUUCCAACCCAACAACUUUCUGCCUAAAAGCACUUUAUGGAACAUCUCCAAGCCUGGUAAAACCAGCUUGGAUUUGCAGAGCUGUUGUGCUCCAGCUGCACCAAUCUCAGGCUUUACUAAGCCUGGUACUGCAGCAGCUCCUCCUUGCCACUCUGACUUGUACAGAAAGCAAAUUUCCUUGAUUUUGGGUUGCUGAAAUAAUUACUGAUUUUCUAGGUUAAUUAAUAGAACUUGAAUA